AUGCAGGGAGAUGAUGAACCUUUCACAGUAUCAAUUCCCGAUGAUUCCUACGACACUUACAACAUCGAUCCGCCUCCGUACACUCUCGAGACCACCAAGAAUCAACUACGGCAGCUUUACAAAGACAUGACAGUAAUCCGGAGACUAGAAUUAACAGCAGACAGCCUCUACAAGGAGCGGAAAAUCCGUGGUUUCUGCCAUCUGUCUACUGGCCAAGAAGCUGUUUCUGUCGGCAUCGAGCACUCUAUUACCAAAGAUGAUCCUCUGAUUACAGCAUACCGUAGCCAUGGCUUUACAUACAUGCGCGGCGGUACUCUACGCUCAAUUUUCGGUGAAUUACUCGGCAAGCAACAGGGGAUAUCAUACGGAAAAGGCGGAUCCAUGCAUAUGUUUGCCAAAGGCUUUUAUGGUGGAAAUGGGAUUGUUGGUGCGCAUGUUCCCGUUGGCGCUGGCAUAGGGCUCGCGCAGCAAUAUAGCGGGAAAAAGACAAUGACGUUGGAUAUUUACGGAGACGGGGCUGCUAAUCAAGGACAGGUGCAUGAGGCGUUUAAUAUGGCCAAGUUGUGGAAUUUGCCGAUUCUGUUUGGAUGUGAAAAUAAUCAAUAUGGAAUGGGCACGUCUACCGAGAGGGCAUCUGCCAUGACGGACUAUUACAAACGGGGCCAAUACUUCCCGGGUAUCAGGAUUAAUGGAAUGGACAUUCUUGCUGUGAUGGCCGCGGUUAAAUAUGCCCGUCAAUUGAUUACCGGCGAAGACGGCGACCAUCAAGGCCCAAUACUUUAUGAAUAUGUCACGUAUCGCUACGCAGGCCAUAGCAUGUCCGAUCCCGGUAUUGCGUAUCGAACACGCGAGGAGCUUCAGGAGAAACGAAAGGAAGAUCCAAUCACUACGUUGAAGAAGAAACUGCUUGAGUUGGAGGUCAAUACGGAAGAUGAGAUUAAAGUGAUAGAAAAGGAAAUAAGAAAUCAGGUGAAUCAGGAAGUUGAAGCUGCGAAAAAGAUGGAUGACCCGCCACCAACACCAAAAACCCUAUUUCAGGAUAUUUAUGUGCGAGGAACAGAGCCGGGUUCUAUGAGAGGGAGAACCGCUUGGGAGACAUAUCAAUAUGCGGUAUAA